AUGAAAUAAGUAGCGAAAAAAGGAAAUAAGGAAAGCAAGCAUCCUCUGCUAAUUAAGAAUAAGAAUGAAGUGCCCACGACCAGUACAUUCCUUUGUGUACCAACUAAUUAGAAAAAGCCUGAGACUGAAGAAGGCAAAAGUUUCCGCACAGUAAUCUUUCUCUUUAUGAUCUUGCACGUAAUUUUCUCAUUCGGCUCCUUUUUCCUUAUCUUUGGAAUGAUGCUCACUUUUCGCCAAGUUAUCUACAUAUACCUUUGUUUCUACAUUUACAUGACCCUAAGCAGUAUAAUGACUGUUAUAUAUUCAUUGCUGGUAUUAUUCGGUGCUGCCUAUGGAAUGGUUGACAUGUUUAGUAACAGCUAUGAGGGAGCAUAAGCAUUCUUUAUCUACAUGGCUUUGAACCUUCUAAACGGAUAUCAGGCGAUACAUGCUUUCUAAAAGAUGAGGGAGUACUCUGAUUCGAAGUAGCAGAAGAACAAAAAAUAAAUUUCUUAAUAAGGUAAUGAAGAUGAUGAAUCUGACGAUGAUGAUGAAUCUAGUGAUGAAGAAGAUCCUAAAGCUAAGGCACUUAAAUUAAAGAUAGAGCUUUAACAAAAGCUAAUAGAAGAGAGCAUUGCUAAACAUAUGAAAGAACAACUUAAAUAAUUGAAAAAAGGAGAUUAGAAAUGA